UGUGCCGGGGAAUUCGGCCUGCACGCCGCAGGGAUUUAGGCCUAGCUCGCCGGAGCUGGCCUUUGGGGUAGCCGCGGGAGGCUCGCGCGGGAGGGCCGGCCGGGCCAGGGCCCUGGGAAGUCGCAGAAGCCGGCCGUGCUCCCAGCCCGCCCGCAACCCAUGCUCCGGGGCUGGCCCGAGCUGCGGCUGGAGGUGGGGUCCGGCUCUGCAUGGCCCCUGCUGCUGCUAUGACUUCUUUGCCACUCGGUGUUAAAGUGGAGGACUCCGCCUUAGGCAAGCCUGCUGGGGGAGGCGCUGGCCAGGCCCCCGGUGCUGUUGCGGCCACGGCGACCGCCAUGGGCACAGAUGAGGAGGGGGCCAAGCCCAAAGUGCCCGCUUCACUCCUGCCCUUCAGCGUGGAGGCCCUCAUGGCCGAUCACAGGAAGCCCGGAGCCAAGGAGAGCGUCCUAGUGGCCUCUGAGGGGGCUCAUGCUGCGGGUGGCUCGAUGCAGCACUUGGGCACCCGGCCUGGGUCGCUGGGCGCCCCGGACGCGCCCUCCUCUCCGCGGCCUCUUGGCCAUUUCUCAGUCGGGGGACUCCUUAAGCUGCCAGAAGAUGCUCUGGUGAAGGCCGAGAGCCCUGAGAAGCCAGAUCGGACCCCGUGGAUGCAGAAUCCCCGCUUCUCCCCACCCCCAGCCAGGCGUCUGAGUCCCCCAGCCUGCACCCUACGCAAGCACAAGACCAACCGCAAGCCGAGGACCCCCUUCACCACCGCGCAGCUGCUGGCUCUGGAGCGCAAAUUCCGCCAGAAGCAGUACCUGUCCAUCGCCGAGCGCGCCGAGUUCUCCAGCUCGCUCAGCCUCACCGAGACGCAGGUGAAGAUCUGGUUCCAGAAUCGCCGAGCCAAGGCCAAGAGACUGCAGGAGGCCGAGCUGGAGAAGCUGAAGAUGGCCGCGAAGCCCAUGCUGCCGCCCGCCGCCUUCGGCCUCUCCUUCCCUCUCGGCGGCCCUGCAGCGGUAGCCGCAGCCGCGGGUGCUUCUCUCUACAGUGCCUCUAGCCCUUUCCAGCGAGCCGCGCUCCCCGUGGCGCCGGUGGGACUCUACACAGCCCACGUAGGCUACAGCAUGUACCACCUGACAUAGGUGGGUCCAGAGUCACCUCUCUGUGGUGCCACCCUCCUCCUCCAGCCACCUCCUCUAGCAGCGGGAGUCCUUCCUAGAGAGCUCCGCUGCCCGACACCACCUGGCCCCCUUCUCUUAAGUCCCUUGCUAUGGUUCCUCCUGGUCAUCGCUUCCAAAUGCUCCUUCUCCCUCGCCUGACCCCUUCUGGAAAAAAAAAAUGGCUGGAAGGUUCUAGAUGUACACGAGCCAGUUAUAGAUGUGGAAAUUAGGGG